AAAAGAGGUCACAUUUGAUUGAGUGCAGUGGUGCAGUGGUGCAGUGGUGUGUGACAAGUUCAGUUUUCUUUAAAAAAAAAAAAGCUGUCAUCACGACGGUGCGCACUUGUUCUGGUUAUUACGACAUCCGUACGAUCAGCUGCUGCUGCCGCUGCUGCCGCUCUAUUCUAGUCUUUACGGUAUAGAAGCACCGCAGUGUUGGUCUGUGCAGCAGCAGCAGCUCUGACGUCCACACCCUCCUGAUCUUCAUCUCUCCAGCUGCUGCCACCUCCUCUUCCUCCUCCUUCACCAUCACAGGGAUACAGAGAUAAGAACAAACGUGUGACUUGCUGCGUCACCUCGCUUGUCCUGGUCCUGGUCCUGGUCCUGGUCCUGGUCCUGGUCCUGGGAAUAGCACAGUAUGAAGUGACUGAGGAGCAGGAGAAACCCAGACCUUCGACUGCUUCCGGACCUGGUUCUGGUUGUGGACUCCUUUCUUCAGCGGAGACAUUUUGAUCUUCUGACUGACCCCCGGUGGCCACGAGCUGGAAGUACCAGUAGAUUCUACUGUCAGUUCUAGUUUUGGUUCUAGACUCCUCCAGGGUUCUGUACUCUUUGACGUUAUUUGUAGGAAUCCUGGUUUCAUGCCGGACUUUGAGCACGUCAGACUUUCUUACUCCAGAAUGAAUCCGGUCCUGGGGGACAGUGGGUUUCCGAUGCCGCAGCACCAUAUGACGGUCCAGACGGAGUGCAUUGUCCCAGAACCGGGGCACUUCUUCUGGGAUCAUGGGUGGUACGGACCGGAUGGGGUUUCUGGACUGGACCUGUCCCACCCCCACCACAGAGCGCCCCCUGCUGCCAUGGCACUGCGUAACGAUCUGGGCUCCAACAUCAGUGUUCUGAAGACCCUGAACCUGAGGUUCCGCUGCUUCCUGGCCAAAGUCCACGAGCUUGAACGCCGGAACAACGUUCUAGAGAAGCAGCUGCAGCAAGCAGUGGAGCAGAACGGACACCAGAGGGCGCUCACCAGAGACGCAUGCGUUCAGACUAGCUUUAAUGGGGCCGUUCAGUCCAGACCGGGUUUUAUCCCCAUCCACAAUGUGAACCAGUCGGCCUUCCUCCGGUCCCCGACCCUGAACCCUCACUUUGACAACCAACGGCUCCUCCCCCCGCCCACAGACUCCAACUCCAACCUGGCCAUCAGUCCAACUCUGAGUCCCAGCACCAACCCAACCAGAACCUUCAGCAACAUCAACCAAGGAUUUACUGCUGACUCUGGCACCAACGGCAGCCCCCCUCCGCGCUUCCUCCCUGGUAACCAGUGGACCUUCGACACCAGCCCUAGGUUUGGCACCGGCCGUGACUCCUGCCUUCCCAGAGCGGGAAUGUUGUGGCCAUGUCCAGAUGGGAUCGGGGUCCAGAUCGACACCAUCACCCCGGAGGUCAGAGCGCUGUACAACGUCCUGGGCAAAGUGAAGAGGGAGCGAGAGGAGUACAGGAGGAGAUGGGAGGAGGAGCUCACGGCCAGGCUGGAGCUGCAGGACCGACUGAUGGAGCUGGAGGAGGAGCUGCAGGAGAGUGAAGUGUGUCAGGACGAGCUGACGCUGCGGCUGAAGCAGCUGAGGGCGGAGCUCGUUCUCUUCAAAGGCCUCGUCAGCAACAACCUGUCCGACCUGGAGACCAAGAUCCAGGAGAAGGCCAUGACGGUGGACAUGGACAUCUGCCGCCGCAUCGACAUCACCGCUCGCCUCUGUGACGUGGCCCAGCAGCGGAACUGCCAGGAGACCAUCGACAUCUUCCCGGUGGCCACGCCCCCCGCCACCCUCAACCUCCGCGUCAGGAAACCCAGCACUCUGUCGUUCAGAGAGGGAGACGAACUGAGCGUGUCUGAGAGCGAUGGAGGCGGGGCCAGAGAGGAGGAGUCAUGUGGCACCAGCACAUCCACCAAUCAGAUCAACGAGCAGACGAACAAGAUGUUCCACCAGCUCAGUGAGUUCGACGACGACAGCGACAGUCUGGUCUGGGAGGAAACUGAAGAAACUCUUCUUCUGUGGGAGGAUUUUUCUGGAAACUCACAGGCAGCAGAAACACUUGAAGAGCAUGAAGAGUCCAUUGAGAAGGUGAUCAGUGACACAGAGACUCUGUUCAAAACCAGAGAGAGAGACUAUCAGGACACCAUCAACCAGAUUGAGCUGGACCUGGCGACAGCCAAGAGUGACAUGAACCGACACCUGCACGAGUACAUGGAGAUGUGUUCCAUGAAGAGAGGACUGGACGUCCAGAUGGAGACCUGCAGGAGACUGAUGAUGUCCCAGGGGGACAGGGAGUCUCCUCCUCGUGUGUCUCUGAUGGUGAAUGAUGUGGACACUGAAGAAGGAGAGACGAAGAAUCCAGCUCUAACACCUGAGACGGACAAGAACCGAUCAAACUACAACCUUAAGACUGCGGCUCCUCCCCUCCUCCGGAGAAAAGCCUGACACACACGCACACUCACGCACGCACACGCGCACGCACGCACGCACGCACACACACACACACACACGUUUCAUCAACAAAGCAGUGAAAAUAAAAGUGAACACAGAUUUAAGUCGAACCUGAACACAAACCAUCUGUGUCGUCUGUCUUUGAUCCUCGGGCACUGUUAGGAGAUCAAACCUGUGGUCUGUGGGCCAUUUUUCCAUUAAGGGGUCAAAGGUCAGGGUACAUGGAUUUGACCGUGUCAAUCAGGAUAUCAACGUACGAUAACGUUUUCACUGCCGUCAGGGUCAAACGUUAGCAGAAGAGAGGAAGGACAAGACAAGAAGACGAGUGAAGUCAAAGUUAUAGACGUAGUUGGUCAAUGAGCUUGGUAGUUAUUGAGAUAGUUUGACUUUGGCUGCUGCCCCCUGGUGUCCAACACAAGCAUCACAGACACAGCAAGGUUUAAAUUUCAACAGCAACAGCUUCUUUCCAUCUCUUCACUUCCUGUGACUAAAACGUCAGUCUGGUCUUCACACCGCGUGUGUGUGUGUGUGUUUAUUCAUUUUCAAAGACUUUUUUUCAAAAAUAAAAACUCACAUUUGUUCUGGUGACGUUGACCCAAAGUCUAAUCAAAAACCGUCAUUGGUCCAGACUGGCUUACUAACACAGUAAGUCCCCUGUCUGCCACCAGGGGGCGGGAUGGUGACCUGGCCCGUGACCUGCUCCAACACUGUUGUUCUACAGAUCUGAUCCUGCAACAUCCAAACUGUGCCCCCUGGUGGAGACUUUGUAGAGCUGGUUUACAGACCGAUGUGGUUGAGGUUGCGGUGACGCCAACAUUGACAUGAGAAACUUUUUUUUUUUAUUUAGGUUCAAAAACAUAAUAACAUUAUAACAAUAAUAUUAAUACAGAAAUUCAAAAAAGAAAAAGGAAUAAUCGCUUUUCUGCCCACGACCUUCAACAUAAGGGUCAAAGGUGAGACACGGGCGGGAAUUCAAACGU